AGCAGGUCUGGAUGUGAGGAUGGAGAACGCUCUGCUCUGCAUGCUGGCCUUUUUCUUGCUCAGUGCUCUCAUCUAUGAUCAUGCUAAUGCAGCUCAGACUGAACCAGGAAGGAGAGCCGGCGCUGUAAAGGAUUCCAUCACGGCCUCAGUGUCUCUGCAACCCAACUGGUCUGAGAUAUUCAGAGGAGAGACAGUCACUCUGAGAUGUGAGAUCCAGGGAGGUGGAGGAGCUCAGUGGACGUAUGAAUGGAGCUCAGCCAACAGAAACUCUCCAUCAUCCAGUGAAUACAGGAUCAUCAGCGUCUCUGAGUCUGAUAGUGGAGACUACAGCUGUAUGGGUAGAAGAUGCUGUGAGUGCACAGGAUGGAGCUCUGCCUUCAGACUGACAGUGAGAUCAGAUAAACCUAGAGCCACGCUGACAGCAGAGAAAACAAUCCUACCAGCAGGGGGCAGUGUAGCACUACGAUGCUCUGUGUCCAGCUCUGCUGGCUGGAAGUUUGACUGGUUCAGACAGGAGUCAGUGUCUUCUCUAGCUCAGCUCAUCAGAACCAAUGAACCAGAUGGAGUCCUCAGAGUCUCAGAGGGAGGUGUGUACAGCUGCAGAGGAGGAAGAGGAGAUCCAGCUUUCUACACUGAAACCAGCACAGAGGUCACCAUUCAGGAAACUGUUUCCAUUAAACCCACUGUGACCCUGCAACCCAACUGGUCUGAGAUAUUCAGAGGAGAGACAGUCACUCUGAGAUGUGAGAUCCAGGGAUGUGGAGGAGCUCAGUGGACGUAUGGAUGGAGCCCAACCACCAGAAACUCUCCAUCAUCCAGUGAAUACAGGAUCAACAGCAUCACUGAGUCUGAUAGUGGAGACUACUGGUGUACGGGUAGAAGAGGCUAUCAGAUAACAGAAUGGAGUGAUGCCUUCAGACUGACAGUGAGAUCAGAUAAACCUAGAGCCUCACUGUCACCAGAGAAAACAAUCCUACCAGCAGGGGGCAGUGUAGCACUGCGGUGCUCUGUGUCCAGCUCUGCUGGCUGGAAGUAUGACUGGUUCAGACAGGAGUCAGUGUCUUCUCCAGCUCAUCUCAUCAGAACCAAUGAACCAGAUGGAGUCCUCAGAGUCUCAGAGGGAGGUGUGUACAGCUGCAGAGGAGGAAGAGGAGAUCCAGCUUUCUACACUGAAACCAGCACAGAGGUCACCAUUCAGGAAACUGUUUCCAUUAAACCUACUGUGACCCUGCAACCCAACUGGUCUGAGAUAUUCAGAGGAGAGACAGUCACUCUGAGAUGUGAGAUCCAGGGAGUUGGAGGAACUCAGUGGACGUAUGAAUGGAGACCAACCACCAGAAACUCUCCAUCAUCCAGUGAAUACAGAAUCAUCAGCAUCACUGAGUCUGAUAGUGGAGACUACUGGUGUAUGGGUAGAAGAGGCUAUCAGAUAACAGGAUGGAGUGAUGCCUUCAGACUGACAGUGAGAUCAGAUAAACCCAGAGCCAGACUGACAGCAAAUAGACCAAUCAUACCAGCAGGGGGCAGUGUAGCACUACGAUGCUCUGUGUCCAGCUCUGCUGGCUGGAAGUUUGAUUGGUUCAGACAGGAGUCAGUGUCUUCUCUAGCUCAGCUCAUCAGAACCAAUGAACCAGAUGGAGUCCUCAGAGUCUCAGAGGGAGGUGUGUACAGCUGCAGAGGAGGAAGAGGAGAUCCAGCUUUCUACACUGAAACCAGCACAGAGGUCACCAUUCAGGAAACCGGCGAGUUUAGUUUCUGA